AUGCAUCGUUUCCUUAUUCUGAUUGGAUUUUUGACCAUAAAAACUAGGCUGGAAGCAGUCUGUCCAGCUGAAAGUUCAAAUGAAAAAUGCUCCAAAUUACUGAGCAAUCUAACAAUAGGCUCAAUGGAAAAUCUGGAUAUUGAAGCUGCAGAAGCACUGAAUAAAACUUGUUUCGAACUUGUGGAUUGCUAUGCCGAAAUCGAUUGUGAACAAGCUCAGAAAAACAAAACCUUCUAUCAGAAUCUAUGUGAACGAAAAGAAUUGGAAAUGUUUGAGACGGAAGCUUGCAUAAAAACAUUUCAUUCGGAGCGAAAAGGGAAAUCCUUUGAGUGCAUGAAAGAUUUUGAGUUUUUCUCGAAAGAUGAAUCCGUCCGCCGGGAAGCGUACACUUCUGGCAAAUCCUGUUUUCUAGAAGUCACUCAAAAUUGCUCAGACCUCUCAAUCAACUUUAUCGGGAAACGGUUCAGCCAUUUGGUAAGCAUCAUGGCCAGGAAGACGGAUGAAAAAAGUUGUGAACCGAUACAAGACAAAUUGCUCAGCUCCCAGUGCUCAUGGGAGCUCACAGAGCUUUAUGAUGAGCUCACCAAGCAACAGACUCAUGCUUUGAAGAGUCAAAUAAAAGGAAUAGUGAUGCAAAACUUGACGGAAAUGUGUCAGGAUUCAAAGACUUGUCUCUCUACUGGCUGUCACGUCACUGAAAGAUUGACUCGUGUGAGCGAAAUGUGUGACAAUCUCAACACACCAAAACAGAAGCUGAGUAAUUGCCUCAAGAGCUUAGUGUACUCAACCGACACGCUGAAAAAAUACAAAUGCACCAAUAUGUCCGACGCGAAACCAAACUGGUAUGGAUCUCAUUCAAUUGAAGCUUACAUGUUUUUAACGGAUAAAGAAUGCGUGAAAACAUUGAUCAAAGCAGAAUGCGAGGAAAGCAUCAUGGAGGGGAUUGACGAGCACUGGACGGAGAGAUGGGAUUCGGCACUUGAGGCCUCAGCUCAAGACUUUGCCGACCGGUGUCCAUAUGGUGACAUACCACGAAUCGGAGUGAACAUCUACGCGCCUCGUACUCUUGAAACAGUAGACAAGUCCACGGAACCGUGGGAGAGGGAGUUUCGAGACAACUUAUGGAGGUCCACUACGAUGGUUGAAAAUAUUGGCAGCUCUUCAAUGAGGCACGCUAUUCAGAUGGUUUGGGUGGAAACAAGUUUGAUUGGAUGUGAGGUAAAUAUCUGUGGGAGCCCUCAGGAAGGCUUGAGGACCACCUAUGUGUGCCAUUGCAAUGCAGCAGGAAACCAUAAAGGAUUUCACAUUUAUAUUGAAGGAGAAACCUGCUCUUCCUGUUCGGCCGGAUUCGAGUGA